GACAUUCACAAAGAGAAAGUUGCUAGAAGAGAAAUUGGUAUCUUGACUACAAACAAAAACACCUCAAGAACUCACAAAAUCAUUGCACCAGCUAACUUGGAGCGACCAGUUCGCUACAUCAGGAAACCUAUUGAUUAUACAAUUCUAGAUGAUAUUGGACAUGGAGUGAAGUGGUUGCUUAGAUUUAAGGUCAGCACACAGAAUAUGAAGAUGGGUGGGCUGCCUCGUACAACACCACCCACCCAGAAGCCACCAAGUCCACCAAUGUCAGGAAAAGGAACUAUUGGGCGUCACUCUCCCUAUCGUACGUUGGAGCCAGUACGUCCUCCGGUGGUACCAAAUGACUAUGUGCCUAGCCCAACGCGCAAUAUGGCUCCCUCCCAACAGAGCCCUGUUAGAACAGCUUCUGUGAAUCAGAGGAAUCGCACAUACAGCAGCAGUGGGAGUAGUGGAGGAAGCCACCCAAGUAGUCGGAGCAGCAGUCGAGAGAACAGUGGAAGUGGAAGUGUGGGUGUUCCCAUUGCUGUUCCCACGCCAUCUCCUCCCAGUGUCUAUCCAGGUCACCCAGUUCAGUUCUACAGCAUGAACAGGCCUGCAUCUCGACAUACCCCCCCAACAAUAGGGGGUUCUUUGCCAUAUCGGCGUCCUCCUUCGAUCACAUCACAGACAAGCCUUCAGAACCAGAUGAAUGGAGGACCAUUUUAUAACCAGAACCCAGCAUCCCUUGCUCCUCCUCCCCCCUCCAUCCUACAGGUAACUCCACAGUUACCGCUAAUGGGAUUUGUGGCCAGAGUUCAAGAAAACAUUUCAGAUACUCCUCCCCCACCACCUCCUGUGGAUGAGACAGUGUUUGAUGAAUCUCCACCUCCACCCCCACCUCCAGAGGAUUAUGAGGAGGAAGAAGCAGCUGUGGUGGAGUACAGUGAUCCAUAUGCUGAGGAGGACCCUCCUUGGGCACCAAGGACCUACUUAGAAAAGGUGGUGGCGAUCUACGACUACACAAAGGACAAAGAAGAUGAGCUCUCCUUUCAGGAAGGCGCCAUCAUUUAUGUCAUCAAGAAAAAUGAUGAUGGCUGGUAUGAGGGGGUGAUGAAUGGAGUGACGGGGCUCUUCCCAGGGAACUAUGUGGAGUCAAUCAUGCAUUACUCAGAGUGAAGACCAGAGGACAGAACGCUGCAUCUCCUGCUGCAGGAGCUGUCAGGGCUUCCCAGAUCUCCACCAGCCUCUGGGGCCCCAUCCACUAUAACUGAAUGAAGGAUAAUUGUAACAACCACUCUUCUGGUUUUUUUUUUUCCUCAUUAUAAAACAAUAGUUAUUUGAGUUGUUGGAACAAAUGGCUCUUCCAGCUGCCAGCAGAGGCUAUCCUGAGCCAUCUGGAGUUAAGCUGACCCAUUCAGAUGCAACAAACU